GCUCCGAUGCUUUCUGAAACAGAAAGAACUAUCUAGUCUCUAUAUGAUAUCUAUGGGGAUUCCCCGAGGGGAAGUGUUUAGGGAAGUUCCCGAGUGCGUGUCUAAAACUGGAGUGGAACGCAUCCCAGGCUGAGAGACGACACAAGUAAUUUACUCUGUGAGUGAAUGCAUGUCAGAUAUGGACAAGAUUCUGGUGCUGUUUCUCCUUCCAGCCGCUUCUGCAGAAGGCUCUCAUUCUAUAUCAGCACUUUUAACUUACCAUCAAGGAAAAACACCUUUCCCUAAAAUAAGUAUUCUAUCGAUGUUGGAUGAUGUCCCCCUUGUGUAUUAUAAUGGUGACACAAACACUAUAUUUUACAGAGGAAAUACAACAAAUGAAGAUACAUUAAUUAAUCCAGCUGAGUACACAAGCAUAUAUGACUUCACAAUCAUCAAAUGGGAAAAAGUAACAGCAUACUUAAAUAACACUCCAGUUACAGGUGUUCCUACUUUUCAAAGCCUGUCUUUGUGUGAGCUAAAGGACAAUGGUGAACCAGGAUCAAUGAUCAUAGCAGAUGCUUUCCAAGGAUCCACACUAGAUGAGUUACACUGGUACAAUGGUACUAUAAAAUAUACAUCCCAGCUAGAGACAGAUUUUAAAAAGCGUCUUUGCAAGGCUUUCGAAAAUGUCUAUUACCCACUUUGCAUUAAAGCUCUAAAGGUUUACCUUGAAAAAAGGGGAAAUCAAGUAAACAGGAGAGUGAAACCCAAAGUCCAUAUUAUCCAAACUCUUUCGGGGUCUCGGGUGAUGUGUCUGGCAACAGGAUUUUACCCUCGUCACAUCAACCUGACCCUGUUCAGAGAUGGACAGCAAGUAUCUGAUGAUGACAUCACCGGAGGAGAUCUGCUGCCCAAUGAUGAUGGGACGUACCAGAUGAGGAAGAUCCUGAAGAUCAGCGAAAAACAACAGAGAGAGAAACACAAAUACACCUGCACUGUCACACAUCUCAGUCUGGACAACAAACUGGAUGUCACUUUCGAGUAUGAUGGGACACUAUUAAAACCAGUGCUUUCCUCGGUGCUAACAGUUGUGGUAUUGAUGAUUGGGAUUGUGUUUGCUGUAAUUUUAUGUAAAAAGCAACAAGCAGCAUCUAAAGAAGGUGUCUCGAGUCCAAAAGGCUCUCUCACCAUAAUCUCUCUGCGCUCACAGUCAUCUGAUGUCUAAUGACCUGCACAUGUCACAGUCACCUUAUCAACCAGCACACACUCCAGUUUACUCCUUGUCUGGCCUUAAACAGACACAGGACACAGAAUCCUCACAUCAUGACAACUUAAUCAAUUGGUUUUCAACAUCAUACCUGUGAUCUGGUCCAAUGUUUACUGAGGUGUAUGGUUAUACUAUGCUCUGCUAUAUCCUAUCCUGCCUUGCAUCCUGUCAUAAGUAGGGUGGCCAUUUGUGCCGGACACAUCACAAACAUGUUUUCGGGUGUGUUCUCAGGAAGUCUAUUGUAUUCAAUUUGCCUCUCCAUCUCUUCUCACCGUGUGUAUAAAGUUUGCUGUUAUUUACUUCCUGUUGAGCGUAUGUUUUGAGUGUGUUUAUUUUUGUCCUUCUUUUAUGAUGCAAGAAUAAAGAGACUGUUUACUGUAAACAAUUAGUAAAUAAAAUGACUUACAGUUUCAGUUUUAAGAAAGAAUAGAAGCACAUUUAAACAAACAGUAAAUUGGCAUACACAAUGCAAAUUCUGACAGGCCGUGAGCCCCCAAGCAUGUCAUGUGAGUCCAUCUUAAAAUCAAACUGAUGCAGUGAUACAUGACAAACUUUCACAUCUGAUGUACGUCAUUGCAGGAAGUUUCACAUGAUUUAUACUCAAAAUAUAGAGUCUAAAAAAAAAUCCAGAUAAUUUACUCAUGCCUAUGUCUUCCAAGAUGUUUAUAUCUUUCUUUGUUCAGUUGAGAAGACUGAAGACGUUUUUUGAGGAAAACAUUUCAGGAGGCAUUGGGGUCUUAUCUAGCGAAACCAUAGUCAUCUUUUGCAAUAAAAAUAAAAAUACGCACUUUUAAACCACAUCUUCUUGUCUUCCACUAACCGUAUGACGCGCCAAUGCGACCUUACGUAUUAUGUAAUCACGUCAAAAUGUCACGUGUUACAUAUGUGAAACGCACACAUGCGGACCAUUUUAAAUAAUAAGCUGACACAAAGACAUUAAUUUGUAUCAUUCUACAUACAACAACCUCAGAACGGUCCUCUUUCUCCACACUUGUAAACACUGGAGCGGUAGCAUACGUAAUAUGAGACCUUUUAACGUGAUUACAUAAUAUGUAAGGUC